AUGAAGUUCUCUGCCCCCAUUGCCCUCUUCGCUGCCGGCGUUCUCGCCGCGCCUAGCGCUUCCGAGCUUUGCACCCGCGAGCUCAGCACCGUCAACACCAUCAUGACGACUGUUCUCAACGGCAUCCAGAACCUCGACACCACUUGCCUGUCUUACACCGGCGGCCCGGGCCCGGAGCUCACCAACGCCUCGACCUACAUGCUCGAGAUCAUCCGCACCGCCACCAACAACGCUGCUGCUAUGCUUCCUUUGACCAUGGAGGAGGCUCAGGCUUUCCAGCCUCUCUCUGACCAGCUCAACGCCGCUGGCGACAAGCUCCUCACCGACAUCUCCAGCAAGGUCACCGUCUUCUCUGCUGCCUGCAUUUGCGACACCACCCUCAACUGGGUUGCCCAGAUUGCCGGAAACGUCAACACUCUCAUGACCACCAUCUCCACCAAGUUCCCCGCCGGCGGCAAGGGUGGUGACGAGAUUGCCCACUUCACCCAGGUCUUCUCCGACAUGCAGAGCCAGCUCUCCGAGUGCUCCGGCAAGCCCUGCGCCGGAGCUGGCGGCAACGACAAGAGCGUCCCUGCCACCACCCGCCCCGUUGCCGGUGCCCCCGCUCCUACCGGUGUCACUCCUGGCGCCGCCGUCCCCGCCCCCGGCCACAGCAACAACAGCACCAAGGCCUCUCCUACCGCCAAGGGCACCAAUGGAGAUGCUUCCGCCACUGCCAAGGGAACCAAGGAUGCUUCGCCUACUGCUAAGGGCGUCGUCACCGCUGGUGCUGCCGCCACCUUCUCCGGUGCCGGCCUGGCCGUCGCUAUCGCUGCUCUCCUCAUCUAA